AUGAUAGAUUCCAACGAACCUUAUGUCAGUACAGAAUACGCCAAUAUUACUAAUAUCACAGAAGAUAUAUCAGACCAAGCGGAAAACAUAACAUGGGCGGACCAUGCGAUCUGCGACCCGGGCUUCACCAGGUUCCUGUCAACGCCCUUCUUUCAUUUCCUUGUCUACUUGAUGUACUGUACCGUUUUCAUCAUCUCCCUUUUCGGGAACGGAUUGGUUUGUUUUAUAGUGCAAAGCUCACCUCGAAUGAAAACAGUGACCAACUACUUUAUUAUGAACUUAGCUAUAGGUGACAUUUUGAUGACUUCAUUGUGCGUUCCGUUUUCAUUUGUUCCUGUUCUAGUGUUGAAAUAUUGGCCAUUUGGAAUGGCUAUGUGUAAAAUUGUGAAUUACUCUCAAGCUGUGUCGGUGUUUGUUAGUGCGUAUACCUUAGUAGCUAUAUCUAUAGACCGAUAUAUGGCUAUAAUGAGGCCGCUGAAGCCACGACUUGGCCGGGUGGCUGCGAAGUUUAUAGUAAGUGCAGUAUGGGCGGGCGCUUGCGCUACUGCCGCUCCGAUAUUCAUUGUUUCUCAAAUUCAACGUCCCACACCGUGGCAUGAGUUUUGCGAAGCAGAUGUCUGUCUUGAACGCUGGGAGCACACGGAAUAUAGCCAGCGGUACUCCUACAUUCUGCUGGUGCUACAAUUCGCUUUGCCCCUCUCCGCCUUGGUGGUGACCUAUGCCCGCAUAGCUCACGUAGUGUGGGGACCCCCACCUGGUGAGGCGCAGUCUGCUAGAGACUCUAGACUACAAUCGGCUAAGAGAAAGAUGAUCAAGAUGAUGGUGACUGUGGUAGCCGUUUUCACAAUAUGUUGGCUUCCUCUCAACAUAUUUAUUAUCCUUUGGACAAUACAUGAAGAGGACGUAGACUGGGCGAUGUGGCCCGGGAUGCCGUACGUGUGGUUCGCGAGCCACUGGCUGGCGAUGUCGCACUGCUGCUACAACCCCAUCAUCUACUGCUACAUGAACUCGCGAUACCGGCGGGGCUUCCAGCAGGCUCUGAGCUGCGUGCUCCGGUCGCGCACCGAGCAGGCGCCCUGCCCCAGCGAUGAUGUUCCUUUGUCUGGUUGUUUGCGCGACGGUUUGAGCAAUUGA